CCGGUAUAUACCGGAAUACGGUAUUUAGUGCGGUGCUCUCACUCUUGCAAAAAACGGGUGAAGUGGAAAAUUGUAAGUGAUAAUUGAAGGCUUAACCACAUACAAUUAACUGUAAAAUGGGUGUAGAAGUUGUAAGGGUAUCACCAGGUGACGGUAAAACCUUCCCAAAACCGGGAGAUACAUUAUCCAUGCACUACACAGGUACUUUAGCUAGUAAUGGAAAGAAGUUUGACAGCUCAGUAGAUAAAGGUCGUCCAUUUCAGUUUACAAUUGGAGUAGGUCAAGUUAUCAAAGGUUGGGAUGAAGGUGUCAUGCAGAUGAGUUUAGGGGAGAAGGCAGUUCUAAACAUUAGCUCAGACUAUGGGUAUGGACCUCAAGGAGCAGGAGGAGUUAUCCCUCCCAAUGCCGAUCUAAAAUUUGAAGUACAACUACUCAAAAUAAAUUAGAAGAAAUCACAGAUGUGGGCAGAUAGUUCAAGAUGUAUUAGGGAAAUGGUGACCAGAAAAUAGAAAAAAAGAACAUCUACAGGAAGAAAGCACACUGCCAACAGAAAAAAACUGAUAUUGAAAUUUAUCUUGAAGUUACAGGUCUUUGUUAAACAAUUGUGGAGAUGUUAUUGUAACUGCUUUGUUGUAAUGUUAUAUGUGUGAAAAUAAACUGUAGACUUAC